UGUUGUCGAAAUCAUGAAAGAGGGAGAACAAAGGGGCGCCAAAUUUGCCACAGUAAAAGCGCUUGGGUGGUUGCAGGCGGCUGCACAUUGCAGCAGCCGUUGCUGCACUGCACUGUCGUCUGCAGGUCGACGUUGUCAGACAUCGCGAGCCGUGACGAGAGAACCAUCGUCUGGCGGCAGUUCAUGAAUCCAUUGGACACGAAGCCCUAUUGGAGAUGAAAGCACGCCGCUAGCACACGCUUCAUGUCUCCGAGACCGGCUGGUUGUGUUCUUGACAGGAGCACUUCCGCGCGAGGAAUUGUUGCGGAGAAAGUCAUUGAAUUAACAGUAAGCUCACCACGCCGCCACUACGGUAGAUUAGAAGAGCCAUUCUUUAAAGACGCCCUCCUCUCCAUUCAUUGAUUUGCAUCAAGAAUGGGCGUGCGUGAGGAACGCAACGCUCUCUUGUCCGGCGAAGCGGGCGAAGGGAUCGUACCGGUGGAAUACGGCGCGGUGCCGAAGGCUCAGGCUUGCAGCAGCGACUUAGAGGAUGGCGCACUCAGAGAAGGACCACCACCUGAAUUGUUGUCCCCCGAGAUCUUAGCGCUGCUAAUGCAGUACGCAGGUAUUGGCUUCGUCAACGGAGUACUACCAGCCGUGAUCUACCCUGUCCUGCAAGGAUAUCUCAACGCUGAAGGAACCAUCGUUGUGUCCGCAACGUUGUUGGUGCAACUACCGUGGUCAUACAAGGUGUUUCUUGGAGUUCUGAGCGAUUGCUUCCCGAUCGGUGGCUUCCGUCGACGACCAUACAUGCUGAUAGGAUGGCUGCUGUGCUGCUGCAUGUUAUUCAUGAUGGCGGGUUUCCCCGAGGCUGAACCAUACUACGGAGACCCAAGCAUGCAUUUCUCCAGCCCUGACGAAUGGACGGAAGCUCAACGCAAGAGUAUUAACCCUGACGCGCCUGACGCAGCAGGAAAAUACGUGAUCCCCAUGAUGAUGGCCGCCUUCGGAUAUUUGCUAGUCGAGGUUCCCGCAGAUGCCGUAACUAUCGAGUACUCCCAGCGUGAGCCAACCGACAGCCGUGGACAUCUACAGUCGUGGAUCCACAGUCUUCGUAUGGGAUUCAGCGCAUUGGGAGCCCUCGUCGUUGCAGUAGCGUUUAAUGGCGUCGAAUAUGGCGGCUCCUUCGACUUCUCGCUCACAUUUCCGCAGCUAAUGUUCUUCAUGGGCUGCUUAUGCUUACCGCUCGGACCUGCUGCCUGGUUCCUUGUGCACGAGAACGAAGUAGAGCCACCUAAAUUCAAAGCAUACAUGGCUCAAUUCUGGAAGGUGCUACAGAAGCGAGCAGUAUACCAAGUGGCAGCAUAUAAGUUCUUCUCGGGAGUCUUCAACAACUUUAACAUCGUGUCUUCGAGUAACAUCAAGCUGUACUGGGUCCACGCCACACCGUUUAACGCUAGCAUUAUGGCCAUCGUAGGGACAUUGACGUACGCUGGAACAUUGGCUAUCAUGGCUCAGCGCGGUCUACGCUGGAACUGGCACGUUGCUAUCGCCGCUACGGUCAUAUUCGGUGUUGUCACGGACUGUAUGAUGACGAUGCUAGUGACAUGGGACAUCAUUCGCAGCCAGUGGUUCUGGCUCGGUGUCCCCGUUAUCGGAGAGGUUCCACAUGCUGUCCGCUUCAUUGUGAGCAACUAUAUCGUUGUCGAGCUCAUUGAACAGGGAACCGAAGGCGCGUUAUACGGAUUGUUGACGACCACAAACCACGUUGCUGCCCCGUUCGGCCGCACGACUGCCAAGAUCAUCAACGCUCGCUUCCACGUCUGGAAGGACGAUAUCCUGGCCGAUACGUACGAGACGCGCCGCGAUGUGACCUACACGAUCUGGCUCUGCUACGGUAUGAAAUUGGUGUCGCUGAUAUUUUUGCCGCUACUGCCGAACCAGAGGGAUAGCACGCAAGCGCUACGUCGCCAAGGAGGCGUGAGCAAGCGCAAGGGCAUGUGGAUGGUCGUGAUCCUCAUGACUUGA